AUGACAGUGUGGCUAUUCUUCUUCUUUUUAUGUACGACUGUUGCUGCGACGACAAACCGUCCAUGGAACAAACCAGAAUACGAGACAAUGCAAAACCUCACAAACGUUGUAGGGUAUGCGUACACGACCUACUUUGUCUAUGAAGGGACAUUUAAUUAUGAUGUUUUGAUUAAAGAGCCUGUUGUUUGCCUGAUAAUGCGAAUAGCUGAUCUCACCGGUGCGUUUGGAAUUGCGUAUAGGAAAUACCGGAAGCAAGUGAAGGAAACACAAGAGACAAUGGAUUUAUACCUCAUGCUGGAGAAAGACCCUGGAUAUGGCGUGUACAAUUAUAUGAAUCUUGAAGACGCAGAUAAGGCUGAGGAUCUUGGAGCAAUGCACCUUGUAUAUACCGAUUAUACUGUAUGUUCUUUGUUUUACUAUGACGAAACGGGUGACUACGAGCUCUGGUUGUACCACAAGCCAGAUGAAGUUGCUACCCCUUGCGAACUCCUCCUUGCGCUCCUGUGGGACAAAUCAACGCAUGUAUACUACACAAAGGACUGCACAGACACAAAAUAA